AUGGAGGCUACACGCUUGGAACGCGAGGUCGUACGAGCGACCAGCUUGACCCCAAGUUUUGGAAUCGAAUUGAUCAAUGCAAGAUUUUCCGAUCUGAACGCUGAGAUUUCGCGGACUGCCACAGAAAAUACGUUGAUUGAUCACGAAUUCUGUCAGAUUGCAUUCGCCGACGUCCCCAAACUGGCAGCAGACUUCAGGCAUUUACGCAAGGCAAUAAACGCGAACCGUCGCCAAGUUUUUGUUCUUAGGUUAAAUGAUUUGGCAAGGCAAGUUGAGAAUUCGCGGUUGUCAAUUCUGUGGUGCGAAGAAAAGAUUGCUCGAGAAUACCUGAGACCUCGGGAAGCCGCCAGAAACAAGGUUGAUCGAGUUUUGGAUGUGACUGGAAAGAUGAUGCAAGAGUAUGCUGAGUUACAGGCCUUCCCUCAGCGUGCGCUCAAGACAAUUUCGUCCAUAAAAUCGCAAUGCUCUGAUCUUUUCACGGCACCUUUCCCCCACGAAAUUCAACGACUCUUUGGUAGGUAUCACCAUGUGUUCUCACAAGACGGCCAAAAUUUGAGGGCCGCCUUGCACUAUCAUCGAUCGCGCUGGCGCACUCGAAAAUAUCUAGACCAUCCUUUACGCGAGUGCCAAAUAUGGAAGACGCAAAACUUCACACAGGUGGCACAAGCGCGAAAAUGCUUCACUUCAGGGCCGGACGCGAUCAAGUGCAUUGCCCUUGGCUAUGAGUCCAACAAGUGGGUGGCACAAAGAUUGGACCUACAAUCCAGGGCCGCAUCACACUAUCUUCGAGAAGUUUAUAAGAAAGCACAAAAGCGGAGCCGUCGACCCGAGUCAAACUUGCAUGCUCUUCAAUUGGACGUUUUGGCACCAUUCUGGUUUCUUCAUAUUCUUAUCUCGCGGUUGAUGAACGAUGUAUGGCACUUGAUUGAUUCUUUGAACGGAAAACUGGGCUCUCUGUGGCCUUUCAUUCCUGUCGAGCGACAGUAUCGCCGUGCUGAUGAACUCGGGGAUUGGACCGCCAAAUUCUUGACGCACCGCAACGAAUUUUUCAGGCAGGCGGAUGAGCUGGAACAUAUCAAUUGGCUGCGUCUCAUAUCGAAAGAACGGCUCCGCAAAAUGCGUCAGCCAGACCCAGUUGAGCAACAGGGAUUGUUUGUUGCCCCGAAUCUGUUGAGUCACGAUCCUGCCCGUUUCGAGCAAUGGGCCAACCGCAUGAGUCAGGCAUUCUUUGACUCGUGGAUCCUUAAACAAGCUAUUGAACUAGGAGUCAAAGAAUGGUCGAUCAUUUUUGCUGCGGUGGAGGGCCAAAAGCGGCAUGUAGCCCGGGUCAGCUUGGACUUGGGCUCGGCGAGGCACGAAUCGGCGAAGCAGGGCCGGAAAAAGCCCGGAAGCAACCGUCAUGUGUCCAAGAAAACUUCGAAGUUGUCACGAAGUGGAUCAUCCAGGUUUGCUCGUCCUAAGCGCGAACAGAGCCGCUCGACGCUUGCCCACAACACCAAAAGCAAACGCCAGCAGAAAAGCACCGAUCCUUCAAAAGAUAGCCUUUCCUCUAUUCAACCAAAGUCCCGCGCUGAGAUGAAGGCCCCCGUGGAUUCGCCACCGAAGUCUGAUGCCCUGAAGGCCAAAGCCUCGCCAGCUCCUGGGGAAAACCCCCAAAGCAAAUUCUGGCAGCCCAAGCCUGUUUGGGGUAAGCCUCAACAUCAAAGACCAUACAGCACCGAUGCCACCCUCGAUCAUGACGGUCCCAGAGGGUGUAGCCGUGUCAAACCCGAGAUCCCUCUAAUUAGGUUGGCCACCGAUGCAUGUCCUGCUAAACAAAUGGUGGAUCACGCCUCGUUACAAGAGCCAAACACAUCCGCAGGCACCGAUCCUAGCGCAAAAGAGACCGCGACGCCACAGUUCUGGAGCCAUCACUUGCACCGCAGACCGGACGGUCAGAAGCUCACGGUGCACUACUGCCGGUCUCGACGCACCACCGAAGCAGUGGCCCAGCGCUUCCUCAACAGCGAGGUCAUUGGAUUCGACAUGGAAUGGAAGGCCCAGGCGUCCGGCUUCGACAGCAUCCAGAACAACCUCUCGCUGAUCCAGGUUGCCAAUGAGGAGCGCAUUGCGCUUUUCCAGAUCUCCCUCUUCAAGCCUGCGCGCACUCAGGACGACUUUGUCGCCCCGUCACUGAAGCGACUGCUUGAAUCCCCUGAUGUCAUGAAAGUCGGCGUCUCGAUCAAGGCCGACUCCACCCGUCUCCGCAAGUAUCUGGGCAUCGAAGCCCGCGCCAUCUUUGAACUCAGCCACCUGUACAAGUUGGUUAAACACGGUCUGGUCAACCCGAAGCUCGUCAACAAACGAAGCGUCAAUCUCAGCGAACAAGUCGAGGAACACUUUGGCCUGCCUCUGGAGAAAACCGACGAUGUGAGGUGCGGUGAUUGGGCUCGCGCUCUGAAUUACCGCCAGAUUCAAUACGCCGCCACCGACCCCUACGCCUGCCACGCUCUCUUCCAUGCUAUGGAGCUCAAACGACUGGCCAUGGACCCUGUCCCACCACGCCCCGCACACGCCGAACUCAACCUGCCUAUUCUAUUGUCACGCGGUGAAGAAGUUAAAAACGACGAGAACAACAAUACGGAGCCCUUGAAGGUUUCUGCCGAGGCAAGCUUGGAUGUCGUGAACUCUUCCAACGGCCCAUCUUCGUCAUCCACCUAG